AGGCCUGCCAGUCCCCACCGAGGCUAACAUGGCAAGACUCAUGAUGUUCACUGUCAGCCGCACAGCGACUUCAGGGUGGUACUAGUUACAUGAAAUAUGUAUCUUACAUUUCUCCUUAGUCUGCUAUCUGUGCCUGGUGCAUUGUUAUCUUUUCUCUUCUUUUCCCCUUGCGAUGAUCCAUCUGGCUCUGUUUGCUUUCGUCCUGGGAGUAUGUUCACAUCCGCUCGAAGACCACGGAAGCUCUUCACCCGGCGGUAUUCCUGUCAAGCUCUCUGUAAAGCGAAUAGUGGCGAGGGCUGACAAUCUCACAUCAAAUGUGGUUGACGCAGGCUCAGCAAAAUGGGAAGCACAACGCGUGCUCAAUAAAUAUGCUUUGGCGUCUCAGUUCUUGCAAGGCAUUGGUCUGAACCCGAACGCUCACCCCGAGACAGGUUAUCCAAUAUUCAACGAUACUGCAGCCUGGCUCAAUUAUACCUCGUCUCACGGCCCUACGCGCAAUGUUACACGUCUUUUAUCUACAGAUGCUGUUGACGACUCGACCCUCACGCCAGGGAUACCGGGGCUCACCACCAUGCCUAUGACUGACUAUAAUGCUGCAGGUUACGACAUGCUUUACUAUGGUCCUCUCCAGUUCGGCACUCCUGGACAAGCGCUGACAGUGGAUGUAGACACUGGGUCUGCUGACCUUUGGGUACCUUCGAACUGUGGAACUUGUACUCUGCCGCAAUACAAGACCAAGUCUAGUUCAACAUACAAAUCUACCGGCCAUAAGUUUACAGCAAACUACGGAAUCGGACAAGCUGGCGGGAAGAUUGUCCACGACGUUGUAUCCAUGAAGACUCUCCGCGUCCAGAACCAAGCGUUUGGCGCAGUCAACUACGAAUCUGACAACUUCUACGAAUAUCCUAAUAGCGGGCUGAUGGGACUAGCGUUUGGGGUCAUUUCGACAAUUGGACAACCUACAUUCUUUGAGAAUAUCCUGAAAUCGCAGCAACUCGAAUUCGCGUUGUUUGGUAUUCACUUGACCAGGAAUCAAGUUGACGGCUCUGAGGUUUGCUUUGGUUGUAUCGAUUUUACGAAGACUGCAGAUCGCGUUGCGUGGUUCCCGUUAAAGUCAAAAACGUAUUGGACAAUAGCGAUGGAUGGCAUCGCUUCCGAUGCCGACCACUUUCAUUCGGCGGAGCUCAUCGCUGCUAUCGACACAGGGACCAGUAUGGUGUACCUUCCUGACGAUGUCACUACGAAUUUCUAUGCAAUGAUUCCUGACUCAAGAAGCGCAGAAAUGGAAUAUGGAGCAGGUUAUUAUGUGUUCCCAUGUUCGGCGAAACUUUCUAUCUCUCUGUCGUUUUCUGGUCAAAAGUUCGAAAUCCGGACAGACGAUUUCAAUAUGGGUCCCAUCUUAAAUAAUGGAGAAGAAUGCCUUGGAGGGAUUGUAUCUCUCGGCGACGGCUUUCCCUCGAACCUGGCCAUCAUUGGUGACAUCUUCUUGAAAUCAUGGUACUCGGUCUAUGACUAUACUGGUGCUCGGGUCGGCCUUGCACCUAGUGUAAAUAACACAUAGACCUUCUAGAAAGCACCACGUACCAUAUUGGCAUUUUGAUGGUUGCACAUC